AUGGAGGACCAGUACAGAGAGCACUUUAAAAAUCAUCAGGAUGAAGAAAGCAGAAAAGAGGAAGAAGGAGGAGAUGCUGUUAACAUACCCAAAAACAUGAAGAUGCAAGAGAAAACAACAAAUGCCUUAAACCCAGAUUCAGUUGUAACAGUAUUGUCACUGCCCAGCUCAUCUUCAGAAACCUCUCAUGGAGCCACCCUCAAAACAUUCCACUCUGUCUCUCUUGGUGACAACCCUGUAGUGUUUCCCAUUCAUCUUCAGAUGGCUGAGCAAACAACACCCCUGGUCAGCAAGACUGAAGCCACACCAUACUUUGUGUUAAGCCAGGGCCCUACAUUUCUCUCGGCAGUCCAAGAUCAGGAGGCGCUUCAGCAUUUGAACACCCAGUUGCACCUCCGGAUGGCUCCAUUUCCAACAGUUUCCCUCCAAAACACGUUAUGCGAAAAUUCCCGUAUGUCAUAUUACCAGACCCUGCCUGACCAGAGGUUAACCACCAUAGCAGAAGAGCAUAAAAUUCCUUCUUUGUUGCAUGGUCAUAGACUUGCUCUUCUUUUGCAGGACUCCCUUCCCUCUCAGAACCCUUGUAGCUCAACUGCUUAUCAAGUGACAUCACCAACAGACCUCUUUACAUCAUCCCUCAUAUCCCCUCAUCCUACCCUGCCACACUCUAUCAGUUCAGUUCUAUCUCCCCUGUUCCCUCCUGUCACACUACUGGUUCCUUAUCCAUUCGUUGUCCCCCUUCCAGUACCUUUACCUAUUCCUAUUCCAAUCCCAAUCCCACACAGUGGUUCAGAGACCAGAGCCUUCUUCCACCCCAGAGCAGCUGGUAAAAUGAGCAAGAGUACACAGACUUACACAGAGGAAUUUCCCAGGCCCAUCCAUUUGCAUGACCAUAAUUUUGAUCAUCCUGUCCCAUGUUUAUCUGCUCUGUCUUCUUUAGAGGAAGAUGUGCUUGACCUCUCAGUUAAAACUAACUCAACACAUACCAAACAAGAAGUCCUGGGUCAUGUCCUGCAAGACACAGUGCUGGAUCUCUCCAUAACUAGGGUUAAAACACCCAGUAUCCAGUCAUGUAGAGGAAGGGAACCGCAGUCUCAUCAACAUUAUUGCAAAGACAUAACAUUAAGCCCAAGCCACAAGAAGGAAAGACAUCCACUAUCUGUAGAAGCCCUUCAUCCAGUGGAGUGGUCAGUGAAACUAGGCUGUGAAAGCUUCAAUGACCCCACUGUCUUGGACCUCAACAGACACAAAUGGGUGAUGGAUGGAGGCUGUUGCAAAUCUGGCACUGAGACAAAAUUUGGCAGCAGAAACAGUGCAGUUAGCCCUUCACAGGGUGCCAAAGACAUGAUGACUGUCCCUCUCUGUGAGAAACUUAAGGAUCUUGCCAGAAUCUCUAUGAAGAACUUCUCUUCAAAAACAGACAUAAACGAGGUUACCAUGCUACAGCAGUGCAACAGUACACUGCCCAACUCUCAGGGUGACUGGCCUGCUUUCAGUGCCCCAGGCAGUCAUACUUUGAAAAACCAAGUGGUGAAACUAAAGAAAGUCAGCACACAGGACAUGCAUGUUCUCACUAGUAAAAAACAACGCCUGUCUUCUUAUUCUUCACAUAAAUAGAUGCAUUUGUUUUGCUUGUGAUUUUUGAGUAGGAUCUAUUGCUGUAAUUUUAUUUUGUGUAUGGUAAUAUUUACACUAAGUUCAUUGGAAAUGUUCUCUGAGAUUGUUUUCAUUACAGAUAAUUUAUAGCAGUCUCUUGUUUGCUUGCCAAGGGACUUUGUGAAUUUGUCCAUAUGAAAAUAAUAGUUUCAGCACCAGAAAUUAAAAACAGAGGAACAAAGUACACAGCACUAAGUCGUGUUAGUUGUGCUAACUGGUCUUUAGAUCAGGGAUCAAAUUUAAGAGA